AUGGGCGAGGAAUACGAUGAGGAGAACCAGAUGGCCGAGGAGGGUGGCAUGACCGGCCCCGGUGCGCCCACGCCGCUGUCUGCUUUGGAGGGAGUUGCCGGGUUGACAAAGCGUGAUAUCCAACUGAUUGUUGACGGCGGGUUUAACACGGUCGAGUCGGUGGCUUAUACCCCGCGCAGGGUCUUGGAGCAGAUCAAGGGCAUCUCAGAGCAGAAGGCGACCAAGAUUUUGGCUGAGGCGUCGAAACUUGUGCCCAUGGGGUUUACAACGGCCACUGAAAUGCACCAGCGUCGCAGUGAACUCAUCUCCAUCACAACCGGGUCUAAAAACCUAGAUACGCUUUUGGCCGGAGGUGUCGAGACUGGGUCUGUUACCGAGCUGUUUGGAGAGUUUAGAACAGGGAAAAGCCAGAUUUGUCACACUCUCGCUGUGACCUGCCAGCUGCCUUUCGACAUGGGCGGUGGUGAAGGCAAAUGUCUGUACAUUGAUACCGAGGGCACCUUUCGACCUGUCCGACUGCUGGCCGUUGCCAACCGAUUCGGUCUGUCGGGAGAAGAAGUAUUGGACAAUGUUGCGUACGCGAGAGCAUACAACUCAGAUCACCAGCUUCAGCUGUUGAAUCAGGCAGCGGCCAUGAUGUGCGAGACGAGAUUUUCGCUGCUCAUCGUCGACAGCGCUACUUCGCUCUAUCGAACAGACUUUACCGGGCGAGGCGAGCUGUCGAACCGUCAGACACAUCUGGCUAAAUUCAUGAGGACCUUGCAGCGGCUUGCGGACGAGUUCGGCAUUGCCGUUGUCAUCACCAACCAAGUUGUCGCGCAGGUAGAUGGUGGACCCAGCGCCAUGUUCAAUCCUGAUCCGAAGAAGCCCAUUGGUGGUAAUAUUAUUGCCCAUGCCAGUACAACGCGAAUCAGUUUGAAGAAGGGACGUGGCGAGACUCGAAUUGCCAAGAUUUACGACAGUCCUUGUUUACCAGAGAGUGAUACGCUCUUUGCCAUUGGUGAGGACGCGCAGCGCAGCGCGACGUCGACGUUCGAAACAGAAAUUCUGCCCUGCAAAUGCAAAGCAACGCGACCGACUCUGAGCAUCACCAAAACGAAGCAACUUGCGCCAGCCACAGCACCGCCAUCCCCUCAAUCUACAAAGUGCACGACGCAUGCGCUCCAGGGAGGCGAGAUGGAUUCGGGUGAGAUUCAGUAUCUCUUCAAAGAGACCCGCUUGAACCUCGAACCUCCCUCCCCGUCGUCUGUCGUGACCAUUCGAGUGCCCUCCGGGUCUGGCAGCAGAGGCCGCCCCAAGCUGUCGUACGAUGCCGAGGACGAGACGACUUUCCGACUCAAGAACUUGGCGACCGCGGCGUCUGUCUACCGUCGGAAAUGGCACGAUUCGCCCAAAAACUUCCUGUGGAGGGUCCUGGAGGACGGCACGCUGCUGAGCAUCCGGGCCGUGGACGUUAGCAAGAAGGACAAGGCGGCUGAUGCGUCUCUGAUUAUCAACUUUCAUUUCACGGUGCCCGUUCAGCAGGGGUGCGUCGUGUUUUCGGACCCGGAAGAGCACGAUGCGUUGUGCGUGCAUGUGCUGGACCAGGCCUGCUACCUAUACACGUUUACUCUGCGACCGGAUCUUUUCAAGAGGAGAGGCGCCGUGGACGCUGGGCUGCCUGAUAUCUGCAAGGUGCAGUCUCCGGCUGGCCUCAGCUUCAAGUAUCCUCACCGAAUGGUGGCUGUGUCGGCAAAUACGCUUCUUGUUACGGUCAAUGAUGGCGGCAUGAUUCGGUUUGACAAGCAAAAGGGAGAUGAUGCAUCUACUACGCUGUGGAAAGAAUCCUUCUUCAAUGUUCAGGGAUGGGCGCAGAAUCUACGAAGCCUCUUGCCUUUCCAGGGCAAGAACACGAUCAAGUACGGAAAGGCCAACAUGGAAUACAGCACUGCGACGUCCAUUGAGAUCACCGACUUUGGCCUCGAGAACUGCCUGUUUGCCGUCACCGUUUGCCUCGACCACCGAAUCCGGGUCUGGAAUGCCAAUGACGGGCAGAUUCUGCAGACAAUUGACAUGUUGAACGUUGAGAGGGCUCCCCAAGAUAUUGGCAAGUGGCAAAUUGAUCCGGCGCAGUUCAAUCUCACCCGGGUUGUUGGCCGAACUCGCGGCCAGAGAAUCUGUGCUACGUAUUCACCCAUUGGCCCUGGAGAAUUCAAGUUCUGGAAAUUGACUGCCAAGGAUGCCCAUAAUGUGGUCAUUGAAGAUCUUUUUUCGAAAUGCACAUUAAUCCCAAUCACGCCAUCAUCUUCAGAUAUUUGGACGCUGGCGGAUUUCGCGUUGGCGUCAACAGAGGAAGGCCAAAUCAGCCUGUGGACGUUAUGGAAAAACAACAUGACGUACCGAGUGCAGCGUUUGGAGCUGGAUCGAAAGAACAUGGCGCAGUCAUGGGAGGAUGGCUGGGACGGUGUGUAUUCCGAGCCACGGAGUCUCGAUGUACAAACGUCUGGCCCUUGCGACCCUACCGAUGUUACGGAGAAGUGGCUACAGAUGAUUUUGCAACCGGGGAGAUUCACCAAGGCGACGUUGGAAGCGGCGCUGGCCAUAUACGAGCGCGGAUUGGGUGCUCCUAAGGAGAAUAACAAAGGUCGCGCUUUGGCCGAGUCUAUCUGUUCAGUCUUGGGCUCGACUGCCUCGCUGGAUCGCGGAUCAUCGGGCGAGAUGGAUUAUGAACAGUUCCGAUCGUCAAGCGAGACACAGUGGAGAAGAUUCUACCGGUUGCUGAAUGAGCUUGAUAAACAGCGUGGGGAAGCGAUCGGCAUGGUAAUCGAUGCCGAUGCUGACAUGGUUUGGGUGACUUGUGCGGAUCUCAUCUCUUCCGUUCGAGAAUGCAGUCACUUGGAGCGACUCUAUCACAACCUAGCUACGCCCGACCAAGGGUCUACGCGACAAGCAGAUCUGAUCGGUGCCGGGUUAACACUCGUGGAAGGAUUCCCUGACAGCCUGAUGCAGCUUUGCAAUGCCGCACUACGGCCUGAGCUGUUUGGAGAAUCUACCAAGACAGAUCUUGAGCGGAUACAAUAUUUCUCAGAUAAAGCUGGCUUUUGGAGAGGCAUCACAGACGAAGAUGCUCAGCAAGUGGUCGACACGCUGGAGACCAAUUUUGCAGCUGUGACAAAUGAGCUCUACCGAAAAGUGCUGGGUCUCCUCGUCACCCCGCUAGAUGAUAAGAGUCGAAGCCCUAACCAUCCCCUGACGGAGUUUGGUAGGAAGCUUGUCAUGACGGCGGCCCAAGAGAACAUAUCACUCCAGUGGAAAGUAUGCUUCAGUCAGCUCAUCCUCCUAGUCCACAUGGAGUUUGAAUUCGAUAGUGAAGAAGACGCCCUCCACCACAGGAUAGAUGUCGGAACCGUCUUCCGGCAACUCAUUGCUACUUUGAGGAGGUUGGAGCUUCUCAAGUGGCUAUCACAGACCGAACUGGCCAUUCCGCUACCUGAGCACAGCUUAUCCUCCCUAACAAAGAGGGGAGAAGACGUCCAAGUGGUGACUGCCUUGGAGGCCAACGUUGGCCAUUUACUGGGCUUGCAGGGGUUGGCGGGCGAACCACUUGCCAUCAGCAUCACCGAUCUCGUUACCAAUCUCUGUUCUCCCAACGGAGAUAUCGAGGUAUCCCCAUCACUCAUCCAGUGCUCCCUUAUCAAGCGUGACAGAGCAGAUCUGGCUCUGGAUUUAGAGCCUUUUUGCGACCAAAACCCCUUCUCGAUUUACAUUCAUGGCAGGGUUUUGCUAGCGCUGAAAGACUAUGAGUCGGCAUCUAUCAACUUCAAGAAGGCAGCUGUCGGAAUGGGAAGCGAAACAGUUGAGCUCGAGCGCCAUAGCAGUGGUCUGCUUGACGACACGGAGUGGAACCUGUUAAACAGCGGAAUGGCUCAGUACUACUCACACAUUGUCGCCCUGUUUGAAAAGCAGAGAGCGUACUCGUAUGUGGUUGAGUUUGCUCGGUUAUCUGUCCAGUUCACCGGGUCCAAGCCGGAGAAUGCUAGCAUUAAGACUGACAUGCUGAGCCGCCUUUUCAACGCGGCGCUGGCGACAUCCCAGUUUGAGCUGGCCCACACAACGCUGCUGUCGAUGAAGGAUGAAGCCUUGAGGCAUUACAACCUGCGGAAACUCGUGGAUAAGAUGUGCGAGACGUAUCACAACUCUGAGCUAGUGACAUUACCGUUCCCUGGAAUGCAGCAAGAGGUCGAUGACAUCCUCGCGCUAAGAUGCAAGGCCAUCAUGGACGUCAUGCAUGCGUUCCCAUACCAUCAGGUCCUGUACUCGUGGAGGAUCAAGCACAACAACUACCGGGGUGCGGCGUCUGUCAUCCUCGACAAGAUCCAAAAGCUGAGACUGGCCGGGGAGGGGGAUCAGAUCACGGGAGAAGACGUGCUCGACACGCCCGUCACGAAGCAGUACCUGCUGCUCAUCAACGCGCUCAGCUGUGUGGAUGCCAAGCAGGCGUGGAUCUUCGAUGAAGGCGUUCCCGAGGGGGGCAAGGAAGCGAAGAGGAAGGUUGUCACGCUGGCGGAUAUCAGGAAGCAGUAUCAGGAUGAGCUGGAUCGGAUUGCCGCGAUCCAGAAUAAUCAGUUUGGAUUCGAGGCGGGCGAUGUAAUGGACAUUGCAUGA